UUUCGAAAAAAACUACAAUGUAGCACAUGUUGCAUGAACUAUGUCUUGUCUCGUUUUCUGUUCGGAUAUCGGAUAUUUACUUGGCAGCAUAGCUAUUAGUAACUCUAAAAAUAAAAAAAAUAAAAACAAUUUCGCACAUCAUGUCAACGCGACAAAAUCAUACCAGGACCCCGAGUGAACGCCAAGUUCGUGAUGGAUUCGAAAUCAAGACGACGUUCCAGCUCCGGGUCCAGAAGUCGCAGCCGGGAUCGGCGAAAUAGGUCCAGAGCAAGAAAAUCCAAAUCUCCAGAGAGAAGGGCGAAGCGCUCUCAAUUUGUAGACCCAAAACGAUCCACUCGAGGUCGUGCACGGUCCGACAGUCGCGACUCCGGCAGCAGCUCACCAGACAAACGAAGACCUCAACAUCGGGGCCGUUCAAGUUCCCGAAGUGAUUCAGAGAACGAUAGGAGGCGAAGAAUUCAACGUGCCAGAAGCAAAUCUAAGGAAAAGCCGCCCAGUUCUGAUUCAGAUCAUCCUAGGGAGAGAAGCAGAAGAAGCGAUACGCGGAUCCGAAGAGGAACAUCUCGAGAACGAAGGAAGGAAAGGUCUUCUUCGGGCUCCCGGGAUGAAAGCAACGACAGGCAGCGAGGAAGACGGAGAAGCCUCAGCAGAGACCGACAGAGACAGAAGGAGCGGGACAGAGACAGAGACAGGAAUUCCGAAAGAGACAAAAGGAAAAAGAGUAGCGAAAGGGACCGUGGGAGGAACGAGAAAGACAGAGACAGAGGGAGACAUCAGUCCAGUUCAGCCGACUCCUCUGACAGCUCAGGUUCCGAUCGGGAGAGCAGGACCAUCAAGGACAAGGAAGACAAGAAGAAACAAAAGGAGAUGAUGAAGGCUCUGGAGACACCAGAAGAGAAGAGGGCCAGGAGGUUGGCCAAGAAAGAGGCAAAGGAAAAGAAAAGGAGAGAAAAGAUGGGUUGGAGUGAAGAGUACAUGGGAUACACUAAUGCAGACAACCCUUUUGGCGAUAAUAACCUAUUGGGCACGUUCAAAUGGCAAAAGGCUUUGGAUAAGAAAGGUAUCGGCCACCUUGGAGAGAAAGAUCUUAAGGAGAGGAACAAACGCAUCCAGGAGGAGAAUCGCAGAGAACUUCAGAAGGUCAAGCAGCUGCGUUUGGAGCGUGAGCGAGAGAAGGCAAUGAGGGAGACGGAGCUGGAGAUGCUUCAGAGAGAGAAAGAAGCGGAGCAUUUCAAAACCUGGGCCGAACAGGAGGACAACUUCCAUCUGCAUCAGGCCAAACUGCGGUCUAAGAUUAGAAUCCGCGAUGGACGUGCGAAGCCAAUCGACCUGCUGGCCAAAUACAUCAGUGCCGAAGAUGACGAUCUGGCUGUUGAGAUGCAUGAACCGUACACCUUCCUCAAUGGGCUGACAGUCACAGACAUGGAUGACCUACUGGAGGAUAUUAAGGUUUAUAUGGAGUUGGAACAAGGCAAGAAUGUGGAUUUCUGGAGAGACAUGACCACAAUCACGGAGGAUGAAAUCAGCAAACUGAGAAAACUGGAGGCCUCUGGAAAGGGACCAGGUGACCGCCGCGAUGGCAUCAACACAGCUGUGAGCACCGACGUCCAGACCGUGUUCAAAGGAAAGACAUACAGCCAGCUGCAGGCUCUCCAUCUCAACAUAGAGACCAAGAUUCGGGCCGGGGGAUCCAACCUCGACAUCGGGUACUGGGAGAGUCUGCUUCAGCAGGUCCGAGUCUAUAUGGCAAGAGCCAGGCUGAGAGAGCGACACCAGGAUGUGCUGCGUCAGAAGUUGUUUAAACUGAAGCAGGAACAAGGCGUAGACAGCGAACCUUUGUUCCCCAUCAUUAAAGAGGAGCCAAAGAGUGACGACACUGACAACAGAGCGGGAGGUCGAUCGGGAGAGUCAACCUCGGAAGAGCCCAGCCAGUCGUCUUCCCCCUCAUCCCGAAACACCAACAAAGGGCCUGCGGGAGAGGACGGCCCAUUCGCAUCUACGGCGGAACGCAGUGACCGGAAUAAGGAAGGAGGAGAGAGCGGCGAGAAAAAAGAUGGCGAAGAGGUGGAGGCGGUUUUGACAGAGGAGGAUUUAAUUCAGCAGAGCCAGGCGGAGUAUGAUUCGGGUCGUUACAGUCCCACGCUACUCACGUCCUCCGAGCUGCCACUGGACACGCACACCAUCACCCCCGAGGAGGAUGCGCACAGGCUGCAGUUAGCACGCAGACAGCUGCAGGCCACAGGUGACGCCAGCGAGAGUGCCGAGGACGCCUUUGUGCGUCGAGCCAAAGAAGGAAUGGGCAACGACGAGUCCCAGUUCAGCGUGGAGAUUCCCGUCACAGGCAAGAUGUACCUGUGGGCAGACAAAUACCGACCCAGAAAACCCCGCUUCUUCAACAGGGUCCAUACCGGUUUUGAGUGGAACAAAUACAACCAGACCCAUUACGACUUUGACAACCCCCCGCCGAAGAUCGUCCAGGGGUAUAAGUUUAAUAUUUUCUACCCGGACCUGAUCGAGAAGCGCUCCACCCCUCAGUACUUCCUUGAGCCCAGUCCUGACAACAAGGACUUUGGGAUCCUAAGGUUCCACGCCGGGCCGCCAUACGAGGACAUCGCCUUUAAGAUUGUGAACAGGGAGUGGGAGUAUUCACACCGACACGGCUUCCGCUGUCAGUUUUCUAAUGGGAUCUUUCAGCUGUGGUUCCAUUUCAAGAGGUACCGCUACAGGAGAUGAACCUCAUGUAACAUCCUCAUCAUUUUAAUAUUAUCAAGCCCAACUUGUUUCCUGGUGAUUUGGGGUCCACAAAUCUGAAAAAGUGUUAAAAAAAAAAAAAUCAUCCAUUAAAGAUGUUUUCCUUUUU